AGAAUAAUUCCCCGGAUGUGCAAGAUUCAAUCAUAUUAAAAGAUGGCAGCACAAUACGAUCACCAACUGGUCGAUAGAUGGCGGAUUAUUCGUUUACAUGACAACAAAGAUGGCGGAUGCAGAACCAAGUCCAGCUGAAGCAGCUGAGGAGACAACUGCUCCAGUGAGUCAAGAGACAAUAGCUGAAGAACCUGAGCCAACAGCAGAGGAACAAGCCAUGGAACAGACAGAACAACCUGCACCUGAGAACACUGAAGUUGCAGUUGAGGGUGAACCUAAGGAAGGUGAAGUUGUGCAAGAAAAGGCAGAUGCUGAUGGGGAGGCCCCUAAAGAUGGUGAGGCUCCCAAAGAUGGGGAGGCCCCAGAAGGUGAGACUGUAGUUAAGGAGGGUGAAGGUAUAGUUAAGGAAAAUGAUGAUGUUGAUAUAGUUAAGGAAGCUAAUGAGGGUGAAGUAAAAGAAGGUGAAACAAAUGAAGAUGCUAGUGAUGUGAAAGAGGGAGAGUCUGGGGAGACUGAAGGAAAGGAAGCAGAUGCUGAAGUAAAGGAAGGAGAUACAGAAGCAAAGGAAGGAGACAAGGCUGAAGGAGAUGUUAAACCAGAAGGUGAAGCUGCUACAACUGAAGGGGAACAAAAAGAAGGAGAGGAAGGGGGUGCUGAGGGGGCACCAGUAGAGGGUCAGGAUGAGCCUGCAGCUGAAGGAGAGGCGCUUGGGGAAAAGACAGAAGGGGAUGAGGCUCCUGAGGGGGAGACACCUGCUGUAGAGGGCGAGGGGGAGGAAGGGGAUGCAAAAUCACCAGUACCACAGAGUGAUACAUUUGCUGAGGGGGAAAGAGCAGAAAGUCCCGUUGCAGUAGGGGAAAAAUUGUCCAGGGAAGGAAGUCCUGCCGAUCAGCAGGAGAGGACUCAGAGUCCUGGAGAACUUCAACCUGGUACACCAGUCUACAGUGAAGAUGAUGAAGAAGAGGAGCAAGAUGAAGAGAUGGAGGAAUAUGAAGAGGAGGAUGAAGAAGAACCAAGAUUUAACAGACAAGAGCUCAUUGAACAGUAUAAUUUAACCAUCCAAGAAAGAGAACAGUUGCAGCAGCAGAACUAUCAACUGCAGCACAAGCUGGCGGAAUACUUCCGCAAGAAGAAAUCUGAUGAACAGGGAAGACAGGACAUAGAGAAAAAUGUCACUGACCAAGAACAGAGAUAUCUGAAAUAUAUGGCCAAUCUUGAUGACCUGGGGAAGCAGGAGAGAAUAGAGCGUGAAAACUUCAAGCUGCAAAUAGAAGAGCUACAGGAGAGAUGUGAGGAGAAGAAGGAGACUGUUGAAAAGGAGAGAGCGUGGUUCUUGGAUGUGCAGAAGACUGUAGCAUUGAACAGUGUCAACAGCAGAUCUGGACGCCCUAUACAGAAUAAGGAUAUAGAGCAGUACUUAGCUAAAGAGAUGGCAAAGGAGCAGGAGGUUGUUAAUGUCAGAUUGGAGAAUAUUAAACUGAAAAAUAAGUUAAAGAAGAAAGAACAGCAGUUAAAGUCAAAGGAAGAACUUGCUGAAGGUCUUCACCUAAUUGACUUUGAACAGUUGAAAAUAGAGAACCAGACAUACAAUGAAAAGAUUGAGGAGAGAAAUGAAGAGCUAUUGAAACUGCGGAAGAAGAUCACCAGCACUGUGCAAGUGCUGACCCACCUGAAGGAGAAGUUGCAGUUUGUACAGGCAGAAAACCACACCCUGAAAGGAACACUGAAAGAUGUGGAGGAAACUGUAUCAAAGAAAAGGGAUAUUCUUUCAAGAACAAAACAAGCAAGAGAUGCAUUGAGAAUAGACAAUCAAAAAUUACGACAAAAUUGUGGACUUCUGGGUAAUGAACCAUUGUUGCGGGACUUUGAAGAACGCAAGGAUGAAAGUGAUGAUUUGCGAGAAAAAUUGGACCGUUUAAAAAUGGAGCAUGCUGAAUUAACUUUAAAUUGUAAUGGAGUGAGACGGAAAAUUGAGCAAGCAAGAAGUGGAAGGCAAUAGAUACAAUAUCAAAGAUGUCACAUUCCUUUGGGUCUAUAUACAUAUAGUCAGAUACAGCAGUCCUAUGAUUAUGAGACUUAUAUCAAAUGUAUCUUAGAACUUAAAAUGUUAUUGGUAAGAAAAUG